UACAUUUUAUACAGAUAAGUGCACUUUGUAUGUGUUUCCAAAAUAGAAGAUACUGAUAAUCUAACUAUCCUCUUGUCCGAAAGUAUUUUUUUAGGAAUGGCACCUAGCGCUGGGAGAGAGAAGAAAGUAGUAAUUUUUAAAUAUUAUUUUGUACCUGAAGUCCUUUGCAGAGUCAUAUUGCUUCCUUUCACAGAGGUUGCCUUCGUUGGGUUUGGGUUUUCGAGUGUGUUUCCUGUACACACGGGAGAGGCUGAACAACAGUGAAGUUGUCUAGAAAUAGCAGCAAGAGGCUAUGUGUGAGCACAGAGCUCUUCUCAUUGUCUUCAUCUUUGCUUGAUGAUUUCUCCACAAUAUUCGAUAUGUGCUUCUUAGCAGAGAGCGAGGAAGAGGAUGACAAUGAAAUGGAAGUUGAAGAUCAAGAUAGUAAAGAAGCUGAAAAGCCAAACAUCAUUAACUUUGACACCAGCUUGCCAACAUCACAUGUGUAUUUAGGUUCUGAUAUGGAAGAAUUUCAUGGGAGGACGGUGCACGAUGAUGACAGCUGUCAGGUGAUUCCAGUGUUGCCCCACGUGAUGGUGAUGUUGAUUCCUGGACAGACGUUGCCUCUUCAGCUUUUUCGCCCUCAAGAGGUUAGCAUGGUGCGGAAUUUAAUUCAGAAAGACAGAACAUUUGCUGUUCUUGCAUACAGUAAUGUUCGUGAAAGGGAAGCACAUUUUGGAACAACAGCAGAAAUAUAUGCAUACCGAGAAGAGCAGGAAUUUGGAAUUGAAACUGUCAAAGUGAAAGCAAUAGGAAGACAGAGGUUCAAGGUGCUUGAAAUAAGAACCCAAUCAGAUGGAAUCCAGCAGGCUAAAGUACAAAUCCUUCCUGAACGGGUGCUGCCUUCAACAAUGUCAGCAGUGCAGCUGCAGUCUCUCAACCGAUGCCACGUGUUUCCUUCUUCGAAACCUACAGCGUGGCAGGACCGAGCUAUACAUCAAUGGUGGCAGAAAUAUCAAAAGAGGAAGUUUCACUGUGCAAGUUUGACAUCUUGGCCUCCCUGGCUCUACUCUUUAUACGACGCUGAAACCUUGAUGGAAAGAGUCAAGAGGCAGCUACAUGAAUGGGAUGAAAACCUUAAAGAUGAAUCUCUGCCAACAAACCCAAUAGAUUUUUCUUACAGAGUUGCUGCUUGCCUGCCAAUUGAUGAUGCAUUGCGUAUACAAUUGCUUAAAAUAGGUAGUGCUGUUCAGCGACUCCGAUGUGAAUUAGAUAUUAUGAACAAAUGUACAUCUCUCUGCUGUAAGCAAUGCCAAGAUACAGAAAUAACAACCAAGAAUGAAAUAUUCAGUUUGUCCUUAUGUGGACCCAUGGCAGCAUACGUCAAUCCUCAUGGGUACAUCCACGAAACGCUUACCGUUUAUAAAGCCUGCAACUUGAAUCUCAGUGGACGACCAUCGACAGAGCACAGCUGGUUUCCUGGGUAUGCAUGGACUAUAGCCCAGUGCAGAAUCUGUGGGAACCAUAUGGGCUGGAAGUUCACCGCUACCAAAAAGGAUAUGUCACCUCAGAAAUUCUGGGGGUUGACGCGGUCUGCUCUCCUGCCCAGGAUUCCCGAAACAGAGGACGAAUCAGGCCACGAUAGAUCACCGUUGCUCUGCUUGUAAUCUCGUAACCUGCUUUGGAAACGAACAGGCAGUAGUCUGUCUCUUAAGCCAAUCUGCUCAGUUCUGCUUCUGAUGCUUACUUAAAAAACCAAGAACCACACCCGCACAAAGCAAGCAGGCAUCGCUACAUUUGGGUUUGGUGUGCAUACACAUUACUCUUGUUUCAGACACGCUGAGAAUUGCAGGUUGAAUCUUUAGAAGGACAGCCGGGGAGAGAAGGUAGCAGGAGACACCAGGGGAUCGAUCUGGUUCAUCCGGACAGACUUGACUCUGAACCUUCUACUUCCGUGUAUAAUUUCAGAAGAUGUUUAUCAUUAUUGACCUACAGUGAAAGAAGGGUGGGGGGAAACUAAAAUUACAAUUAAACAAGGUAUGAUUUAUGCAAUUUCUGUAUGAUGGUAGACACCAAUUAUUCACUGGAAUAUUUUCCCACAAUACACUUAAAGUAUUUUUGCUGAGCAUCCCUGUUUCUGACUAUGUGUAAUACUCCCAAUUUUGUGCUCAUGCUGUUUCUCAAACAUUCGCUGAAUGACCAUCAAAGAAAGUAAAAGGCCUGAAUCUCUGUUCUGGCCGGUGUCGUGUUAGUAACGUCAUCCUGGUCGCAGCGCUGUAGCGAGCAGAAGCAAGAGCGUCCCGCUACCUGCAGCCAGAACAAUUACGUUACAAAAUUCCCUUUGAAAGGAAUCCUAGAUAAAGCGUUCGAUCCUUAUAAGUUAUUUGAUAUAUUUAGCCUGUUUGCCUUUAGAUGUCUUUUAACAUUUAAAUUAUUUAUCCUAAAUGCCCAGGUUGAUCCCAGCGCAUAAAACACAUUGUCAUUUCCCGUUAAUGUGUUUACAUUCGCUUUUCAAAUGGUUUCUCUGAAGCUUCCUUUACCUGUGUACAUGCCCGAGGUGCUGUCAAGUGCUCUCUAAAAUACCGAACUCUGGAGACUGCUAUGCGCGUUUGGACAAGGUGGAGGCGACCUGUCCUUCCUUUUCUUUUCUUUUGCCCUUUCGUAUCGUAAGGUGAAAUUUGACAUUGUUACCACCCUCACCUGACAAAGGGCAAAAGUUUCUAAAUCAGAAACAAAAGGCAGUGGUUGUGUUUCCUGAGGCGCUGUCUGUGCUACAGAAAUCGGUGCCAAAACGGGGCAGCUUUUGCUGCUGAUUUUUCUUUUUCCCUUCCUUCCCUCUCCUCAGAACGCACUUCGGUAGAAACGUUGUUUAUGACACAAAAAUCCUGAAGACGCGCACCGCUGCUUGCUCCAUCCCAUCCCCACCCAUGCACCAAAGGGGUGUAGCACGGACAGAUUACUUCAGUGGAAGGCUGAAGUCAAGCAUCUCCUUUAAAGACAAGUAGCUGAUUGAAACGGUGAUGCGGUGUCUGUUAUAUUGCAGCUGAAAAAAAUGCAGGUGUGGAAAGAUGCUAGAUGCUGAAAGGCUGUUAGGACACUUUAUUACACUAGGUAUGUAGAAACUAAUGACUGUGCAACUCAGGUCUAGUUCUUUGAAGCCUUCUACCUCUGUGCUUCGGGGAUAGCGUUCGUCCCCUCCGUAGACGUCUCUCGGACGGUAUUUAGUUUUGUGUGCAGCACGCUGACUUGCCAGUGAACCGAGAAGAGCAGUCGUCCUUUCAGUGCAGGUCUGAGCAAGCGGAGGGCGAAUGAUGGCUCGUGCUCUUAAAUAAAGCGUUCUGGUUUUUUGCUUACGUUUCUCUAAUAAGCUUUCAGAAGACUAGAAUGAGAAGCACCGGUGUGAAAGAGUGAGAGACUGCGAAACCUCUGUACCUACGUAACCACUGGAAUCAUACUCGGACGUCCCCCUCACUCCUUGUGCACGCACACACGCGUGCGGUUUAGUUGUAGGCUUGGUUUGUUCUUUUUCCCCAACAGAUGCCGAGUGUCUGGUGUUCCCACUGCCGUCAACAGGGCUUUUAGGCACUUGGGAGUUUAAAGAUAGUUCGGAGAACCUGCCGUGUCCAUUCGUCUGAAGCGUUCACUGAGGGCCUGGUGAGCGACUUGAGCGUUUUCUCGGCUAUCGCUGAACCUCGUAAGGUGUUUCGGUUUUUGGCCAAGUCUUUCCGAUUGCUUCAGUUAACAAUGACAUUAUGUUGACAAUAUUUGAACACAAAAUAGGCAUAUUUUUGGUAUUGUGUAUAUAUAGUCAAAUGUAAACUAAUAUAAUCAAGUGAGAUAAGUCAGAAGUAAAUUUAGGACUAACUAAAUUUUGUUGUUGACGAUGCUUUUCCAUCUGCCCAAUCCUCUGUGUAGUGUUUACCGUUACAAAGCUCAUGACACUUUCUAAGCGGAAAACAAGCGUGAUUCGAGUUCCUGCAAAGGGCAGGGAUCCUGCUGCGGCACAGCGGGCCGUUGGAGCGCUCCCAAGACGUAGAGCUGUGCGCGCCUCUGUACGUCGGUCGGGAUUUUCUAUGCUUUCUCCUCUUUUUUGAGGAGAAAACUACUAGAAUGUUGGGAUUGAGGGGAAAAAAAAGUUGCUGACAGAUACGGGCCUCAUAUGCUUCUGGGAGCUAAGUACAAAGGGAAACAGCAAAUCUUACGAAAGUAACUCUAUUUGCUACCUUGUGGCUGGCCUGUAGCUUCAGGCAGACCUGCUGUGGCGGCUGCCCGGAGGAGAGUUUUUCCUCUUCUCCCGCGCCGUCACCUCUGUCCUUGCGGUGAGACGCGGGAGUUACGGGGACGCAGGGCAGGCGUCCCGGUUCACGGCUCGCCGGAGGAGGAGGAGGAGGAGGGAGGGAGCGACGCGGGGGGCCGGCAGGGCGACCGCCCCGUGGCGCAGCAGGUCCCGGGCGCUGCGCCCGCCUUGCAAGCCGACGGUGCGGGAGCACCCGCCGUCUCCGCCUGUGAAACUGUUGAGUUUCCACACGCUUCAGUUUCGGUGCAUAGGUAGAUUCCCAGUAGGGCACUUCUGCACCCGUUUCUGUUCUAACCCACUUGGAAAUAUUAUACCUUUUUUUUUU